GGAGUGAGUCCCCAGCUGCUGUCUCUAUAGGAUUAAGCUGGUUGAGAGAUACUUUAAUCAUCUGGGUGUUGUGAUCACAUGAUGGCUACAGGCCAACACGACCAUUGAUAUGGCCGACAGUCCUAAAACCAAGAAAAAAUCUGACCGAGAUGAAGCCAAAGGGAGCAGUCCACGCGGAGGGCGACAAGCGUCCUUCGACAAGGAGGAGAGCCCAAAGUCAAAGAAAUCAAACACCGGCGAAAAAACCAAAUGGAGUUUACCCAGUUUACCGAGUUUGCCGAGCUUUUUACCCGAGAGUCCGAAAAACCAGAAACCUCCAGCAUCGGCUACUGAGGAAAGACACGUCUUCAGUCUGCUUCACGGAAGUCCUAAGAUACGGAAGUCGUACAGCGAGGAUCGGAAUCAGUUGGGAGGGUGUGAGAGUCCAAAUAAGAAAUCUGAGAGCCCGAAGAAUAAGAAACAUGAAGAGAAAGCCCGCUUCAGUUUACUAGAUAGUCCCAAGACUAAGAAAGGUUCCUUUGAUGAAACAAAGUCCAAAAACUCUGAUAGUCCAAAGUCUGGGAGCCCAAAGAGUAAGAAGGUUUCCUUGGAUGAGACUAAAUCAAAAGGAUCGGAAAGUCCGAAAUCAGAUAGGUGGCGUUUCAAUCUGUUGGAUAGUCCGAAGAAGGCAGGUGCUUUUGAAAAGGAUAGUGAAAGGACUAAGUCUUUAUCUUCUUUGUCGUUGAGUCCCAGGUCGAAGAAGUCCUCGACACAAGAUGGGAGAUAUGAUCAGCAAGGCAGCCCCAAAAGAAUGCGGAGUCAGUGUUCAGAUGAAGUAAAAGUGACACAGCUCCCACCUAUAAUCCAAGCUGACUUCCUGGAAGAGGACAAGCCUGUCGUCCCUGGUGUGACGGUCCGUGGUGCUGCAAUAGAGAAGCUCCUUGAACUCAGUUCAGAAUGCUUUGAUGAUGAUGGUGCACCCAUCGAUGAGACGGAGUAUCCACGUGUGCUCUUCCUCAUGCACAAGUGGUUCAUUUCAUCAGAAGACCUCGCGGACAGCUACGUUACGCUUUACUGUAAUGCAGACGAAGCACCCUGUACGAUUGCCAAGUGCUCACAUCAGACGGAGGACAAGACGUGCAUGCGGUUCAAACAGAGACAGAAGGUUUGUCAUGCCGUCGGAUAUUGGAUCUCCAAGUUUCCCGUGCAUUUCGACAUGGAUGCCCGGCUGACGGCCUCUGUAAAUAAACUCUCAGAGAUUAUGGAAUCGGAGGGGAACACAGAUAUGAGGGAAAUGAUCGACAUUUCACGGGUGCCUAACUUUGAUUGGAUGAGAAAUAUGUCUGUGAGAAACCCUGCCAAUCGAUUGGCUCAGAAACAAUCGCUUGUGUUCAACCAGCUUCAGCCGGAUGAGCUGGCUGAGCAGCUCACCUUUCUCGAGUACAAAGCAUUUAGGAGAAUUACGUUUUCAGACUUUAAGAACUAUGCAGUAACCGGUUCACUCAAGGACAAUCCCAAACUGGCUCGCUCUAUCACCGUCUUCAACGGUCUCUCUCAGUGGGUCCAGUGUAUGGUGUUGAGUAAGACCACGCCACAGCAGAGGUCAGAGGUCAUGGUCAAGUUCAUACAUGUAGCAAAGAGGUUACGUGAACUACAGAACUACAACACGUUGAUGGCGGUCGGUGGAGGGUUGACCCAUAGUGCCCUUGCGCGGCUUGGAAAAACCAACGCUUGUUUGCCAGCCGAGUCUCAAAAGAUCUUAGCAGAUUUGGCUGAUCUCUUGUCUUCCUCAAAUAACUUCAGCAAUUAUAGGAAAGCUUUACAAAUCUGUACAGGAUUUCGGAUACCAAUUCUUGGUGUCCAUCUGAAAGAUCUGAUCCUUCUGCACACUGCCUUGCCGGACAAGAUAGGUGCCAACCUCAUUAACUUCCGCAAAAUGACCCAGUUAUCAGUCACUUUCUCCGAACUGAUGCAGGUUCAAAACUCUUCACUGCCAAUAGAAGUCAACAUGGAUAUGGUCAGCAUACUCCGGUUGUCACUUGAUCUCCAUUACACCGAAGAUGAGAUUUAUGAAUUGUCUUUAGCAAGAGAACCACGCAAUUCCAUAUCAUCUCCUUCCACUCCCACCAAGCCAGUAGUAUUCGGUGACUGGGUGGCGGGACUGAUACCACCUGACUCUGACACCAUCAACAAACACGUCAAUGCAAUGGUAGAAGCUGUGUUCAAGAUCUACGAUCAUGACAAAGAUGGCUACAUCUCUCAACCAGAAUUUGAACUCAUCGCCGGAAACUUCCCGUUCAUUGAUUCAUUUUGUGUUCUUGAUGCUGACCAAGACGGGAUGAUCAGCAAGGCUGAGAUGAAAACAUAUUUCAUCCGCGCCAACUGCCAUGCGUUACGAAACAGCUUCAAACAUGCCUUCCAUGAAACCACGUAUUUCAAACCAACAUUUUGUAUUCAUUGCACGGGUCUGUUAUGGGGUAUCAUCAAGCAGGGCCACAAGUGUAAGGACUGUGGCAUCAACGCUCACAAACACUGCAAGGACCUUGUUGUCAUGGAGUGCCGCAGUCGUGCACACACAGGUUCGCAUGGACGCAUGAAUUCUUUAACUAAUGGUGAUAAACCACCAACUGGAGCGCCCCCUGGCGCGGGAAACUCAAACAGUUUACCAAGCGGCCAGUGCCAGGACCUCACGUUACAACACAAGCGACGGAUGUCCCAAAGGCAGCGGCGGACGCGCUCCAACACGGGGACACAGACAGAUCUCGCUCCACCCAACAGCCCAGCGACCAGCGCCGGAUCAAGGACAUCUUGUAGCUCCUCGCGGGACGACUUGGGCAGUGAAGCAAGUGACGCAGCAGAAUUCUACGAGGACCCAAACUCGCUGUAUGAGAGACUAGUCAAAGCUGAAGAGGACCGCGACAAGCUGCAUUCCGAGAACGCUCUUCUGAAGUGCAAACUCGACGUUCAGGGUGAAACCAUAAACACUCUUAAAUCUCAUAUUGGAUUGAUACGCCAGCACACGAUCACAUUUAUUCUCGAUCAGAUGGAUACGCUGCAUAUUCAGCGAGACACUGAGGUCUAGGUAAGCAGACGAUGGACAGUGUUCUGGUUCUCCACAAGAUGCCACCACUCAUUCGCUGGUCAUACGAGAACUUGUAAUGUCGUCAGUGUGGUGACGACCAGGAACAGAGAGACGGUCAUUCGAUUCAAGAAGAGCAGUAGGCCCGAAGAGCAGUAGGCCUAGUCUAGCCUACGGCUGAGUGUGGGACAAAACCUUAUGGUGUACGUGCUGCCACCUAUGGCUCAUUUCAGUCGACAUUGUCAGUAUCCGUUCUCUGUUCCAAUCAGCAUUGUCUUUGAUUAACAUUUUGCUUUUUAUUGGGAUGUUUGUUACUGGAAUGUGGACUCAGUUGCAAUAGGUGAGUAUGAUGUGAUGAUGGAAUGUGUGGUCACUUCAGACUGAUCGAAGAACCUUUGAGUUCCACAAUGCCUGGGAGACUUUGGACGCACCCAAAAUAAGCUUGGGCCGUCUUGGGCAUUCGAACCAUUUUAAACUGACUUACAGUGUGAAUGACUAUCAAGGGAAUUCUUAUCAAGGUGAACUGUUCUUCAUAUGGAAAUUGUUUGACUGAGAAUCUCAAAUACCCCUCAUGAAAUCCAAAGUUUAGUGUCAUUAAACGACAUCAUUCAGUGCGGCGGUGGACAGAUGUUGGAUCAAAGUGUCCAGAUGUUGUCUUGGAUCAUUACUGGGCAAACCAGAUUCUACUAUGAUACUCAUUCGCAUAUGUAAGCGGAUUCAGAGUCUAGGGGCCGUCUGAGGUGAUAGCAGAUGGUCCCUGAACACUCUGCUUUAUAAACAUAACUCAUCAACUGUUCACUCCCAAACGCCCUUUUCUUAAAACCAGUCUUAAUAGUCUCAUAACAUCAAAUUGCUAGUUGAACAAUCAUAAAAUCCAUUUUUUGAAGAAAAUAUAAGUUGGGUGGCUGGUCCAUCAAAUGACUGUAUUUUCGUAGAGUUUUGAAUUGUCAAACGAUAGGUCAUCCAGUCAGUGUGUUGGUCGAAUCAACUUUUAGGUCUCAAUAUUUAUGAUCUGUUCAAAGCACUUGGGUAUGGGGCAUAUUCUUGAAGGUCAUCUGCCCCAGGCGGCAUGUUCUUGAAGGUCAUCCGCCCCAGGUGGCAUAUUCUUGAAGGUCAUCUGCCCCAGGCGGCAUGUUCUUGAAGGUCAUCCGCCCCAGGUGGCAUAUUCUUGAAGGUCAUCUGCCCCAGGUGGCAUGUUCUUGAAGGUCAUCCGCCCCAGGUGGCAUGUUCUUGAAGGUCAUCCGCCCCAGGUGGCAUGUUCUUGAAGGUCAUCCGCCCCAGGUGGCAUGUUCUUGAAGGUCAUCUGCCCCAGGUGGCAUGUUCUUGAAGGUCAUCCGCCCCAGGUGGCAUGUUCUUGAAGGUCAUCCGCCCCAGGUGGCAUGUUCUUGAAGGUCAUCCGCCCCAGGUGGCAUGUUCUUGAAGGUCAUCCGCCCCAGGUGGCAUGUUCUUGAAGGUCAUCCGCCCCAGGUGGCAUGUUCUUGAAGGUCAUCCGCCCCAGGUGCAUGUUCUUGAAGGUCAUCUGCCCCAAGUGGCAUGUGCUUCACCAUUCUUCAAUGAUAUCUCAUACCCGGGUAUGUAGUGACGAUAUUAUGGUCUUCAUUCAUUGGUUGCCCACUAUUGCUCAUUUUGAAAUGUUGAGUGUACAGAAUUCGGAAGUAAUGUUAAUAUUGUCAUAGAAGAUGCAUUUAGUGCCAGAAGUCUUGAUAAUGAGGUAUAUUUUGAUGCUGAAAUGAAGGUGCUAUACUAUAGGUCAUCAGACAAACUGACACCUCAUCGUGUGCCUUUUGAGAUGCGUUCGUUUGCUAUCCUUUUUGAUUGUAGAUUUAGGAGUUUUGUUUGGCUGUCAAAAUCCAAGUCAAUUAUAAAGAUUUUUUUCAAAAUUUCAUUCACUUAAUUUCAAAGAUUUUUCUGAAAUGAGCAGGGCACAUGACCCCCUGUAAAUCUGCUCUUGGAUGUAUAUAGAAUGACACAUAGUAAUUAUUUGUGAUCAUGUCUCGCAAAAGGAAUAGCAAAUGAAAAUGUGUCUCGUUUGUCUAAAUGGAUCAUGGGAUUCAUAUUGUUUUUGGGAUACCCUGUACAGCCGAUGCACUCUAGGAAGAUUCUGACUGACUUUUAAGUGUGUACAUCAUGGUACUCGUGGGUCAGGCAAACUGACAUCGGAUUGAUGCCAAUUCAUCUACAAGAUGGCGCUGUAAAUUCAUAUCUAUUGUAAAUUAUUUUGCUGUAUAGAGAGAUGUUUUUAUAUGAUGUUAAGUGUAUAUUUUCCCCAUUGUAAACUAUUCAUAAUUAUCAGGACUGUUUUAGGUAGUUGCAGGUCAACACUUUGAUUUGAAGCAGUGUGGAAUAAGUUAUUUGCCACAUGAUAUAUCAGCAGUAUUUCCUGCAGUACUUAUGUCUGGUUUGUCAACAAGUGCUCAUGUAAGGUGAGAUAGAAGAGACACCUAUUGAUCACUUUCCAAACUCUCAUUUGGCCAACUUGUCUCUUAUCUAUAGCCUCCUUUAAGGAUCCUGUGUAGAGGGAGCCCCGGCAUCUGAAGGUAUAAUCAUUGUGCACUUUCUCAUGCAUUCAUGAACUGGAGCAGCACACAGGCACAUCCAUGCCAGACCACCAAUGCCGCUAAUCUCCUCAUUUAAGUCUACGUUCUAAUGGACUCCUGAUGGCCGUCUUCAAACUUGUCAUGGAGCAAAGCUCCUUCUUACCUGUUAGAUGUGGGUGAAGUCUAAAGUCAAUACUGUCAAGAUGAAGUUAGAUACCUUGAUGUAAAGUGUCCUUCAGACAUAAGCCUAAUGACUUCCCUCGUUUCAGGGCACUGUUAGGCUACACUUAUGACUGGGUUCAUGAUCAAAUCUUGCUCUCAACUUAAAUCAUUGCCAUACUCAUCUACAGCCAUUCUGUCAAUGCUUCCAAUACUGUAAAACUCAUUGUAUCAAUCAGUCAAAUCAGCCAGAAGACGUUUCGACUUUCAGGUGAGCACCGCCUGUAACUUUUAUUGCAAAGAAUAUCUAGAGAUAAUAAUGGUAACAAAAAUGACAAAACUUGGAUUUCUUCAACCUCUUAGUUAAACAUUCCAUUUAACAUUUGCGCUCAACCACAAAAAGGAGUUGUAAAAGAGGGUUUGCUUGAACUUAUGAGUUUGACAGUUGUUUCAUCUACCUCAUAUUGUGAUGUAUCUUUGCUCCUACCAGCAGUAACUGCUGCUCAUAAUCAUUGCCUUUCAUUGCCUUUCAUUGCCUGUAUUCAGCACUCUCUGUUAACCCUUUAUCAUGGCUGGGGAACUGACCGGGGGCACACCUGAUCAUCUAUGGCCCACCUUUGAGGUUAGUAUGAAUACUCCAGACGAUGGUAGUCACACCUUGUACAGUGGUCAGUAUCAGGAUCACACAGAUAACGUGUCUAUGAAGUGGAGUUGUAUUUCAUUUUCCUCAUUGUUUAUCUGUUGCAUUCUUCCUCAAACAGUUACGUGUAUCAUCUAAAUUAUUGGAUUACUCAUAUCAAGAUGUACAGAUAUUUUUUGAAUAAAUGUGCCAUAAUUUCAUAUCAUAUCAUGUCAUAUCAAGGUCGUUCUUUUUUGUUUGCCAUCUCAUUGUAGCAUUAGGUGAUAGCCAGUCACUUGCGAUAUUCCCAUCAUCAUUAUCAUCAUUGCAUCAUCAUCAUUCUUGUCACCAUCAUCGUCAUAGUCAUUGUCAUCAUCAUCAUCGUCCCAAGAUAUUAGUCAAUUCAUCAGCUUUAUCAUGAAGCAUUCCCCAUAUCAUCAUCCCUGCCAUCAUCAUUAACAUUAUAUAAAAGAAAUCCUCAGCAUCUUAACAUAAUGUUGUUUUUGAAUUACUCCAUAUUGUCCUGUCACUGUUGUCAUGAGCCACCCUCCUUCAUCAAGCCAUUCUGUGGAAUCCUCACCAUCACACAGUUGUCCUCAUUAUCAGCUCAUCAUCAUCAUUAUUGUCAUCAUCAUCCUCAUCAUCAUCCUCAUCAUCAUCAUCAUCAUCAUCAUCAUCAUCAUCAUCAUCAUCAUCAUCAACAUCAUCAUCCUUCAAGUUGCCAUUCUCCCUUUCAAUGGUCUCACCACAUAUUGUCGUUUCACAAACCAGCUUCAUCUUCUUGCCAUUCUCAGACAGUCUCUGCUCAAUCAUUGACCUCAAUCACAAAGAUAGAACCAGCCUGCUCGUAACUUUAUCCAUUAUCACUGAUGAUCAUCACUCAUCAUCAUCUAAGUCUUUGUUAUCAUCAUCAACAUUAACGAAAAAACACACUUACAAGUAUCAUCAAAGCUCCCAACGUCAUCAUUAUCCGCAUCAGUUUCAUUUGUUACCACCACCACCACCAUCAUCGUCAUCACCAUCAUCAUCAUCAUCAUCCUCAUCAUCAUCAUCAUCCUCAUCCUCAUCAUCAUCCUCAUCCUCAUCAUCAUCCUCAUCCUCAUCAUCAUCCUCAUCCUCAUCAUCAUCAUCAUCAUCAUCAUCAUCAUCAUCAUCAUCAUCCUCAUCCUCAUCAUCAUCCUCAUCCUCAUCAUCAUCCUCAUCAUCAUCAUCAUCAUCAUCAUCCUCAUCCUCAUCAUCAUCAUCAUCAUCAUCAUCAUCAUCAUCAUCAUCAUCCUCAUCCUCAUCAUCAUCUUCAUCAUCAUCAUCAUCAUCAUCAUCAUCUUCAUCAUCCUCAUCCUCAUCAUCAUCUUCAUCAUCCUCAUCCUCAUCAUCAUCUUCAUCAUCAUCAUCAUCAUCAUCAUCAUCAUCUUUAUCAUCAUCAUCAUCAUCAUCAUCAUCCUCAUCCUCAUCAUCAUCUUCAUCAUCAUCAUCAUCAUCAUCAUCAUCUUCAUCAUCCUCAUCCUCAUCAUCAUCUUCAUCAUCAUCAUCAUCAUCAUCAUCAUCUUUAUCAUCAUCAUCAUCAUCAUCAUCAUCAUCAUCAUCGCCACUGUCAUCAUCAUCAUUGAAUUUCCAUCGUCGUCGUCGUCGUCGUCGCUUUUUUUUUCCCCUCAAAAUGAACCAACAUCACCAGAAACUGCAGUCCCAAAAUUUUUUUUGAUUUUGAAAUUUUUGAAAAGUUUUCAACUGACUGAGUGAUGAAAAAAAUUCUAAGUACAAAAAUUUCUUUCACUUUUUUUUUGCUCAAAAUGAACCAACAUCACCAAGAACUGUAGACGUCGUGGUCGUCGUUUUAGAAAUAACCCCGAUGUGGAGAAGCAGGUUGUGUUGGUUUCAGUUGGUUUCAGUUUGCCCUGGAGGAGAUAACUGAAUUGGAUAUCAUGGUCUGCAAGCAUAACUUUGUACAGCCUGCUUCGUGAACACGUUGAUUUUGAUAGCUUCCAUAUACUGCUUUGUUAGUCAUUUUGUAGCGUGUGAGGUAGAAGUGUAGAUUUGAUUAGAUUCAUGAUGCACUGGUAUCAAAGACGCAUAAUGGGUCUUUACGGUGUUUAUCAUAACAACAGAACAUAUGCCUGGAAUAUAUGUAUAAAUCUGUACAUAAUUUUAUUAUUUAUUAAGCCACAAUAAAAUAGAUGAAAUAUAUAUCAAGUACAGUUAUAGCCGUACAAAUUUAUUAAUAAACUCUUUUCUGUUAGGUAUUUAUUAAAUGACAAAAAAUAGUUUUCGGACGUCUCGUUCGUAACUGAGUUUUCCCCGCCAACACCGGACACCUCUAGUUCUGCUUGUGUGCGCUGAUCUGGUGGUGCAGAAUUCAUGAGUAAAUGAGCGAAGCAGAUGAAGGUGUUGAUAAUAUAAUAUAACGAUAACAUAAUGCUUACUUAAAUUACUUGUUCAUUGCCUAUCAGAAUCAUCUCUUAUACAAAUGGCCAUCAUCAUCAUCAGCAUUGUCAUCAUUCAUGGAAACAUCACAUAUCUCCAAGAUGGGGCCUGACAUUCUGAUUUGUGUUAUUCCCAUUCUCAUCCUCAUCAUAGCUCUACCCUCACCAUGUUAAACAACCUCCAGUUUGGUGGCCAUCCGGUGGGUUUAUUCCACUGCCAUUUCAUAAGUCAUUCCAUCAACAAGCUAUCAUUGUCCAAUUGGCAAUUCCACAAAUCUGCAAACCUGUCUCCUUUUUGUCUUCUCAUGCCAUUUCCACCAUUUCAUGUGAGUCAUCCAUCUUAGAUACCACACCUUUCAUGGCUGAGUUGCCAGCAAUACAGCUAUUGAUAAAGGGCCUAUCAGCGAGUAAGUCAGAGACUGGGCUUUUAAAGCAGAGGUUAUCUUGGUUUAUGAUGAUCCACCACUUGGGAUGCUGGGUUAAGAAGCCCUCCUUCUUCCUUGAUCGUAGAUUACUGUCUCAUAUUCUGUUUGUUAAAUUGCUAUUGUCUGAGUGUGGCCAUCUGGAAAACAGGAAAUGAUAAAUGAAGCAGAAACACAAAUUUAAAUCUGCCUCAAGGCUCCAUUUCUCUUUCAUUUUGUUACCAUUUCAUUUCUUACUUUUUGGAUUCAUAUGAAUUUGUUGUAAAUAGUUGACUUCAGUAAACUUCUACUGUCAAUCGCACAAGGCUGAAUUCUUGCAUAAUGUCUGAGGUCUUUUCAUAACUGUAUGUCAGUGCUCAAUCUUGGUAUUUCUAUAACUUGUCAAGUCUGUCAAGUCUGCUAGUGACUGGUAGUUAAUUAUCUUCCAAAUCUGUAUAUCUUUUGUCUUGUCAAAAUAUUGAGUUGAGCGCUAAAACGACUGCGAGAGAUGAACCUUCCACAAAUACAUUCAGUAUAAUAUAUAAUAUAUUGACCCCAUGCCAUUCCUAAUGUGGUCGGGUCAACUUUCCAGGUCUUGGUUCACAGUAUAUCUAAUAGGGGGCGUGCUGCUUGGCAGGGGCAGAAAACUGCUUCCCACCAGGACAAGGCACAGUCUUAUUAUAAACAUCCAUCAUUCAACUGUGGAGAGUGUCGGAUGGUGACCUAUGACCAUUCGUGGGAAGCACUCAAUCUGUUAGUGGUACAAACGGGCUACCAUAGAAUGGGAUUACUGUUUGUUAUGAUAAUAUGCGCAAGUAUAUUGUAAAAUGCAUUUAGUCAUGAAAUCAUUACUCAUAUUUUUUCCGAUGCUGUUGUCGCAUUGGAAGAUUCCAACAGAAGAAUUAUCAA